CUGCCUAGACACAGCUGUCAGUAAUGAAAAUUUUUAGUGAUAGCCCAACACAAAUAUGAAAUUAUACGUUUUACACAUUUCCAUGCUGGCGCUGGCGCUGGCCCUGUGCCAACUGCAGGUGAUCGGCGCACAGGAGAGCUGCUUGGACCGUUGCCUGUUGAGCUGGCCAAAUGAAGUGAGUAAUGCGCAUGAGGAGCUGGCACUGGAGCCGAAAUCGACGAAGCUGGAUCAGCAGCACACAAAUACCAAACAACAACAACAACAGCUAGCCGAGUGCCGUCAAAAUGUGCAACAAUUCGAUUGCACUUUGAAGUGCAUGUUUGAGCACUUUCAAGUGCCCUAUCGAUGUAGCAACAAGCGAACAUAAAGCUGCAUGCGCUCUAUUUUGCAAAUAUGGGCUAUAAAAAGUCGACUGUGGUUUUAAUUGCUAUUGACUGGGCUGCUGAAUCAAAUGAUAUUUCAAUAUUUAAAUUGAGCCUUAACUAAGCUGCAACUAAAGCUAAUCUAAGUUGCCUCAACUUUUCGCUGCUGGCAGAGCAUUUUGUAGUCGACUUCAAUUGCACUAAAUUAACGCUUAACUUAACACUCACUUAAAUUAAGAAAUAUGGCAUUAUAUCUCAAUGCAUUUAAGCUCAAUGCAAUCAAGAGACAGACAGAAUAAUAAUUUGUGUGCGAAUUUAAAUAAAUAUUCAGCAAUUAAAUGAGUGGAAAAGCUGGCAAAUUGAAAUAUGUAAAUACCUGCGCAUUUGCACAACUAAUUAAAUAUGCGAUUACGAUUAAAUUAAAUUGCAUGUUUAACUGCAAGCGAGAAGCGAAAAGGGAGCGAGUCAAAUAACACAAACAAAACGCAAAUAAAAGGCAUGAAAGCGAAAGUGAAAAACUCGAGCCAACUGCGGGCGAGUUCCAAAUAAUGUUCAGUCGACCCGCAUUCGCAUGUGUGUGUGUGUGUGUGUGCGUGCAUAUAUAUUUAAAUUUAAUUAAAACAUUUUCAUUUUUA